AAGUUGCCAUGGCAACGGCGCGGCCUGGACCCCUCCGAGAGCCCCCGACCCUCCCUGACCUGCCCCCAGGGGAGGGACCCUAUCGGGGAGGGGAAGGGACCCACCCCCCCCCCUCGAUCCCCCCUGACUCACCGCGAUCGGGGACCCACUACGGCCCGACCCCACCCCCGACCCCCCCGGUCGCCCCCAGGAGCGGGACCGACACCCUCCCGCCCGACAAUCCUCCGCCGGCGCCCCCCCUCCGCUGCCCCCACUCGCGACACACUCUUGGGGACCCCCUACUACAACCGCCCUUUGAGCUGCCCCCCCCUCACUCUGACCCCUUCCUUUGGGGCCUCCCCUGUGACCCCUUUUGGGGGUUGCUCCGCCCCUUUCCUCUGCCCCCCUUUAUUGUCCCCCCCACCCCCCCGGGGCAGAACCCUCUGGAGCUCCUUCCUGAGUCCUGGACUUUGCUCCUUGCCCCUUGGUGACGUGACCAGAGGAAAAUUCCAUCCUGCGGAGGGAAGAGAGAGAAGCCAGGAGAGCCUGAUCCAGGAGAGCCUGAUCCCAGGAAAAGCUUCUCCUGGGAGCACCUAAUUCUGGGAUCACCUGGUCCCAGGAUCACCUAAUCCCAGGAGAAGCUGGUCCUGGCAGCACUAGAUCCUGGAAAAUUCCAGCUGGCAGAGGUGAGAGGUGAGUCCAGAGAGCCUGAUGCCUGGAGAAACCCAUCCUGGGAACACCUAAUUUUGCAAUCAUCCUGUCCCAGAGCUACCUCAUUCCAGAAGAACAUCAUUCUGGAAUCCUUUUAUGCCAGGAGAAUUUCAUCCUGAGAGAGCCUUAUUCCAGGAGCACCUCAUCCCAGGGAGAAGCUCAGCUUGGGAUCACCUUAUCCCAGGAGAUCCUUGUCCUGGGAUCACUUUAUCCCAGAAUUAUCUCCUUCCAGGAGAAGCUCAUCCUGGGAUCCCCCAUCCUGCCACCUGCUGCCAAUCCCAGGCCCAGGGUCCCUCCGGCGCAUUUCGGGGUCUCCCUGUGUUCUCCUGCCAUGGCUGAGCCCUCUGGGGCUGGGUACAGCAUCCCAUUGGAUGAUCCCGGCCUGGACAUCGCUGCUGGGGAGGAAUUCCUGCAGGAAGUGUUCCAGAUCCUGCUGGAGGAGGGCGUGCGGAAGAGCACGGAUGUGACACAGAAGGUGUGUGACUGGAAGGAGCCGCAGGAGCUGCGGGAGCUGCUGGAUCUGGAGCUGCGGAGUGACGGGGAGGGGCGGGAGCGGCUCCUGCAGCGCUGCCGGGACGUGCUGCGCUUCAGCGUCCGCACUGGUCACCCUCGAUUCUUCAACCAGCUUUUCUCAGGGCUGGACCACCAUGCCCUGGCUGGCCGGUUCCUCACCGAGACCCUCAACACGAGCCCGUACACAUACGAAAUCGCCCCAGUGCUGGUGCUGAUGGAGGAACAGGUCCUGGCCAAGCUCCGGGAGUUUGUGGGAUGGAGCACCGGCGAUGGGAUCUUUGCUCCUGGGGGCUCUAUAUCCAACAUGUUGGCCAUGAACGUGGCGCGAUUCUGGCGUUUCCCGGAGAGCCGGAGCAGAGGGAACUGGGACCUGCCCCGCCUGGGCCUGUUUGCAUCCCAGGAGAGCCAUUACUCCAUCCUAAAAGGAGCUGCUCUCCUGGGAAUUGGCACGGACAACGUUCACCUGGUGCAAACAGACAAGAGGGGAAAGAUGAUCCCCGAAGAGCUGGAGAAGGAGAUCCAGAGGGUGAAAGCUGAGGGCUCAGAGCCCCUCUUUGUGUGUGCUACGAGUGGCACCACUGUCCUGGGCGCCUUCGACCCGCUGGACGCCAUCGCCGACGUCUGUGCCCGCCACGGGCUGUGGCUGCAUGUGGACGCAGCAUGGGGGGGCAGCGCACUCCUGUCCCCUCAACUCCGUCACCUCCUCGCCGGCAUCCACAGAGCCGACUCGGUGACCUGGAACCCCCACAAGCUGUUGAUGGUGGGAUUGCAGUGCUCAGCAUUCCUGCUCCGUGACAGCUCCGGGCUCCUGCAGCGCUGCCAUGGCGUGGGGGCCUCGUACCUGUUCCAGCGGGACAAGUUCUAUGACGUGUCCCUGGACACAGGGGACAAGAGCCCCCAGUGCGGCCGCCGUGCCGAUGGCCUCAAGCUCUGGAUCCUCUGGAAAGCAGUGGGAACCCGGGGGCUGGGACAGCGUGUGGAGCGGGCGUUCAGCGCCACUCGGUAUCUGUUUGAGCAGGUGAAGAGGAGGGAGGGAUUCCAGCUGGUGGUGGAGCCAGAAUUUAUCAACCUCUGCUUCUGGUUCAUCCCGCCCAGCCUGCGGGGCCAGGAGAGCUCCCCAGAAUUCUGGAACAAACUGGGAAAGGUGGCCCCAGCCAUCAAGGAAAAGAUGAUCCGGAGGGGCUCUAUGAUGGUGGGAUACCAACCCCAUGGAUCCCACGUCAACUUCUUCCGGCAGAUUAUCACCAAUCCUGCUGUCACCCGCCAGGACCUGGACUUCUUCCUGGAUGAGAUACAGGAAUUGGGAUGGGAUCUGUGAGCACUCCCAAAAACCCCUGUGAAAGACCCCAAAACCUUCCCCCCAUCCCUGAGGAAGAGGAGCAGAGCCUUGAUUUCCUCCUCACAUCCCAAAAUUGGAAAUGACCCCAAAAUUCCACGCUUAUGGAAUAAAAGAGCAUUUAAUGGUC